AUGGACACCCUACAUAUACUUGCUGCGCACGUAGCAGAGCGGCCAACCAUCCUUGUUGCUGUCGCCUUAGUCGUGCUGUUAUCAGGGCUUCUGCGGCUAUCCUCGCGCGGAAAGCAGCCGCCAUAUCUCAAAGAGAGGAUUCCAUAUGUCACCAACACCAUUCAGUAUCUGACAGACGUGGGGACAUUCUUGAAUCGAGUAACAACAACGUUGGAGAAAACCAAUAGCAACAUAGUCAAAUUCCAUGUCGGACCGAUACCAGCAUACAUAGUCACCGGCACAAAGAACGUGCAAACGGUGUUUAGUUCCCCGCACAUCCUGGACGGCAAUUUCCUCCAGCUCAUGUUGAUGGAACGUCACUGGGGAAUGUCUAAAGAAGAAAUCGCUAAGUUCGCAAAUGAUAAAUCCGGUCGACUUAAGACCCCAGCCCCAGGAACAGAGAACACCCCAGCGGAGAAGCGAUUCUGGCGCGGUCACGAUCAUCUAUAUGCUGAGUAUCUCAGUAACCGCACGUAUGCGGAUGCUCUGGCCGACUCAUUCUACUGUCUGUUCUCGGAGCGUCUGGAUCAGCAAUCGACGGCGGAAUGGGAAACCAUCAAUCUGUUCGAGAUGCUGAAGACCUCUAUGGCCGAAAGUGCCAUUAUCUCGCUGUUUGGUUCACGGAUCAUCGAUCUAAAUCCCGGCUUCGUUGACUGUUAUUGGGAGUUCGAUGAGAUUGCCGGGACUCUCGUCUGGGGACUUCCUAAGUUCCUGCAGCGACGAUCGGUAGCGAUAAAAGAUCGUCUACACGCUAUGACGAGGAAGCACAUCGAUUCCGCGUGGGAACACUUUGACUGGAAUGGUCCCGAUGCAGAGUCCAAGUGGGAACCGCAAUUUGGAUCUCGUUUGUCUCGGGAGACUGCAAAGUGGCUGUUUGAAGGGGGUUUCUCGAACCAGGCGGCCGCCGGACACACAUUGGCCUCGUUAUUUGGCCUCAACGGCAACACAGUCCCUGUCACUGCAUGGGCGAUGAUCGAGCUGAUCAAAGACCGGACUCUCCUCGAAGCUGUGCGCACAGAAGCCGUGGGAGCCUAUAUAACAGAUCCCACCACCGGAGCUAGACGGAUAGACGCACAAAAGCUCAUUAAUCUCCCUCUGCUGCAGUCUCUCUACAUUGAGAUCAUGCGCCUGCAUGUCUCUUUCAACGUGACACGCAAGGUUAUGCAGCCCGUCCAGGUAGACGGCUAUAUGAUUGAGAAAGGGGCCCUACUGCAGACCUGCUCGCAGAUCGCACACUACGAGGACGCUGUCUGGGCCACGCCAGAGCACCCUGCCUCGGAUUUCUGGGCCUGGAGACAUGUUCAAUAUGUAGAUUUGCGAGAUGACUUAACCGGGGAGACGAUUCACCGGCCUCAAUUUGCCAUGAAGGGUAGACCAAGCUCAUUCUUUCCAUACGGCGGCGGAUAUGUGAUGUGCCCAGGGCGGCAUUUUGCCAAGCAGGAAAUUAUGCUGGCCAUUGCAGUGCUGGUGACUAAAUUUGACAUUGAGUUUGUUGAAUGGGUGCACUCUACUGGGAAGCCGUCGGAGAGGCCGGCUCAAGAUGAUUCCAAAUUUGCUGGCUUCAUCGCCAUGUCUCCGGACCGGGAGAUGAGAAUUCGGUGGAAAAGACGGUGGUAG